AUGUUCCGCUGUCUACCUUGGCGCAAACCCGUCUCCAACGACGGGAAAGAACUUCAGCGCGGAAUGCUGGUUGAAGUGGUGCGCAUACACAAGGAUGGAGAGGAGGUCUACUCAAAGGAGAAUGCACCACCAGACAAGCAACUGUACGAUCAUCCUUCGUUUGCUUCGUGUGAAAGCAGGUUAACGUCUUCAAAAACAACCCACGAAGAUACUCGCAAGCAGCAGCCAACACCACACAAGUCCAUCAGACAAUUACGGGCAGAACUCAUUCAAGGGUUCAACCAAGUCGAAAAACUCUUCGAUUAA